GGCUCAGGCCUGGCCGCCGACUCGGAUCAGCCCGGAGGGCCCGCCAUGCCCCCGGGCCGCUUCCGCGACUUCCUCUGGGCGGCGGCAGACGGCUACGACACCCACGCCGCGCCGCCAGUCUCCAGAGGCUACAGCUCCAGGCCGACCCUGGCGCUCGACAGCCUGGCGGCCCCGAGCGCGGCCAGCGCCCGGAGGGCCGCCGACUUCUUCGGCCCUGCGCGCCCCGUGGGCGGGCUGGGUCGGCGAGGGCCUUGCGCGUGGACGUCGCUGCACGCCGGCGUUCCCUCCAAGCGGGCCGCCAAGCUCGACCCCCAGCAGCAGGGCGAGGAGGCGAAGGACGCGCCCAAGCUGGAGGACUCGAUGACAAGGGGGACAGGGGACAGGGGAGGCCAGGGAGCUCGCCGUGAAUCUAAAGCCCGGGAAGACUGGGAUUGGCCACAACAUUGAGUGGACGGUUACGAAGGUGGAGAAAGGGAGCCAGGCCGAGAAAGCGGGGGUGCAGGUCGGAGAUACCCCUGUGAGCAUCAAUGGCGACAAGUUUAACGAAGGGAUCUACGGUCGCGCGGCAACAGGCUCCCAGCCGUACACCCUCGUCGUUCGGAAGUUCUCGUGGACGAGCCGUGAUGGAAUGGCAAGAAUUUUGGACUGGGUGGAUAGCGUGGCAUGCUCAGGGGCUCUGCUUGGCAUGCUCUACGGAGCUGUUCGCCCGCGGGGGGCAGACGAUCUAGUCGGGUCGCAACACCCCAAUCGGUUCUUGCCUGGCCCAGCGGCGUUGGGACUCGUUGGCGUGGCGACACUGUCCCGUUCGGCACGGCUGAUAUUGGUGAAGGAUGAAUUGACCAUGGCCGUGACGUUGGUGCGCGCUUCGGAGAUUGUCUACUACAUCGGGCUUGGCUGGGGAGCAUACAAGGUGAAGGAAUGCCCGCUGCUGCAGGAAGUCCAGACCGAUCUCGCAGACAGUCGUGCUGCGACGGCACUUUUGAUGAUUGUAUCGAUUCUAUAGUUGUUGAACGGUCUGGUGAUGUGGUUACUGGAACCAGCUUGCUCGAAAACCGCGGGAUUCUGGAAUUCUUAGCCAUGUUCAAAAUCAUCUUAGAGUCGUCCAUCACCUGCGGCCUCACAUGCGCACUCGCGAGCAUCAGCGACGGGGUGCAGAAGCGCAUGGCAGACCUCGUCGUGCCAGCUGGCGAAAAAAAAUUCCGGGAGCGGAUACACGAGCCAGUGGUAGCCUUCCUGGAAGAGAACCGCCCUGCACUUGCCCAGUUUGGUGCCCCACUGCUGCUGAUCGCAGCUGGAGUGCCGCAUCAGAUCUUUUGGGUCUACGGGAACACCCGGACAGUAAAACUUCUUGUAGGCGUUCAUGGCUUCCGCGGGUGGAAGGUGUGGAAGCAUUUGUUGAGGUUUGCGUCCAGCGGCUUGAUCACUGUUGCCAUCGCACAGGCCUUCGCUACUGCACCUUUUCGUAUCUCGGCAGCAGUCAAAGAUUUGCGCCGGGGUAUCCAUGACUUCCGUUGCCAGCAGCCCAUGCUGCACACACAGAUUUCGGCCAUCCACGCGGUGAUGGACGAAACCGACUUCGGUAUCGCUGUAGGCGACAGCCUUGUUAUCACCGGCUCGUUAAUUGUCAAGACGGCCAUCACUGUCGGGAGCAUGUUUGGAAUGAUCAUGUCUCUCGUGGAUAACGUAAUGGGCUACGAGAGCGCCACCAGGGACAGCAUGACCUCACAGAGCGACCAGCUGAGUGCCAUCGAGGGCAGGCUCGAAAAGCUUACUGACCCCAUGAGGCCAAAAGAGCUCCAAGCGCUUCGAGAGAGCAUCGAGAGUUCCAUAAGCAGAAUCAAGGCGCUCUGCGGCUCGCAGGCGGCGGCCGGCGGGACGGUCUCCCACAAGCGCUGAGCAUCGCAGGUGGUCAUCUGUUUCUUCCUCCAUUCUUGCUGGUCUGCCAGCCCGUCAGCAAACAUUGCCUUCAAGGUCAAUAUGCCCAUUAGCGGAACAAAGCUGUGGUGCG